AUGGAUGCCACUGCGAUAGAGGAGAUGAACCGUGUUCGCGCGGCGAUGGGCCUAAAGCCCUUGCCAGUCCCUGGCGCUGCGGCAGCGAAGCCGAAGGAGACAUCGCCAGAGGAGGAAGGAGAAGCGGCCAGCACCAUCGAAACAAGGACGGCGGCAGCAUACGACAAUUUCAAGAAAGUACGCGAUGCCGAGAAGGCUAAGAAGGAGCGUGAGGAGAGGGCUGCAUCAAUUCGAAAAGCUCGUGAGAACGCACAGCGUCUCUCUGUAUUGGAGGGGAAGGGGUUAGGCGACCUUGACGAUGAAGGAGAGCUGGAUGCAAAAGCGUGGCUCAAAAGCCAGAAAAAGCGACAAAAGAAGAUCGAGAAGACACGGAAGGAAGAGCAAGAGGCUGCUGCCGCUGCUGCCGCCGCAGCGAAAGAAUAUACCUCUAAAGACUUGGCUGGUGUGAAAGUUGCCCACGAUAUGUCCACUUUCCUCGAUUCAGACGACCAAAUUUUGACACUCAAGGAUACGACUGUGUUGGACGAGGACGAGGAAGGCGACGAGCUUGAAAACCUCAACCUAAGAGAGCGGGAGAAGCUGCAGGAGAAUUUGGACCUCAAGAAGAAACGACCGGUGUACGAUCCAAACAAUAUUGAUGAGACCGGAGAGCGCAGCAUUUUGGCACAGUACGACGAAGAGAUCAGUGGCAAGAAGAAGAAACUGUUUACACUAGAUGCUACAGGAGGCACCGCGGAUAUUGCCGACAUACUCGAGAAUCCUGUGGCGAAGAGAAAGUUGCAGACACUUGACAUUGACAUUCCUGACGUUGCACCCGCAUCCGAUUAUCUGGAUAUAUCCGAGAUCAAGGUUAAAAAACCAAAGAAGAAGAAGUCGAAGUCCACGCGACAAAGGCCGGUCGAUGAUGAUGACGCCCUUUUCCCGGCCGAUCAAGAAUCCGCUCUCGACCAGUCAAUGGACAUUGACUCCGGUGCAGGUGCCUUUGCGAAGAGACGGAAAAUUACCGAUGAUAACUUUGUAGAUGAUGACGAUCUACAAUCUUCCCUGGCUCUUCAAAGGAGAGCGGCUUUGAAGAAGAGGAAGCGGAUGAAACCAGAAGACAUCGCAAAACAGCUCAAAGAAGAAGUGCCUGACGAGUCUGAGGAUGCGCAAGACGCCACCCAGGGUGGCGGGCUGGUCAUUGACGAGAUUUCUGGUUUCGUUGAUACUCUCAAACGGCCAGGAGAAGAUGAUGAUUCCGAUCGUCCACGUAAGAAAUCUCGCUCUGUGGAGCCUUUCACAGCCAUGGAUGCGGAAGCCUCCGAAGAUGAAGAUAUGGAAAAUGCUCCAGCAAUCCAUGAAGAGUAUGAGGAGAGAGAAGUUACACCGGGUGCCGUUAUUGGAGAAGAGGAGAAGACAGUCAGUGGAGCUGGCCUUGGAUCUACACUUCAGCUUCUGAAGGACCGCGGCCUCAUCCAUGAAAGUGGCGGGGCAGAGAUGAACGAAGCAUGGCGCCAGAAGCAGAAGUUCCUUGCCGAACGAAACAAGCUACUUGCGCAAGUAGAGGACGAUGCCAAACGUCAGCGUGAAAGGGAUCGAACAAGUGGGGUCCUCGACCGCAUGUCUGCCCGAGAGCGUGAAGACUAUGCUCGCAAACAGAACGCGGAUCGCGAAUACAGAAUCUCGCAGAUCAUGUCAGGCAUGUAUAGAGAUAGCUACAAGCCUUCUGUCAACCUCAAGUACAUCGACGAAUAUGGUAGAGAGUUGGACCAGAAGGAGGCCUUCAAGCAUCUGAGUCAUCAGUUCCACGGCAAAGGAAGCGGUGCAGGCAAAACGGAUAAGAAGCUGAAGAAGAUCCGAGAAGAACAACGACGCGAAGCCCAAAGCAUCCUUGACGCCAGCCAGAACGUCGGCAUGAGCUCAGCCACAGCCCAACAGCUGAAGAAACGGAGAGAAGCCGGUGUGCGCCUGGCAUAA